UCUAUAUUCAUUGCCCUGAAAGAUAUCUUUUUGAAUAUAUAUUUCAGUCUCGUUACACAAUAUUUUGUUAAGUAAAUAUUGAUAUUCGAUCUAAAUCUUUCAUUAUUUCAUUUGAACCACAACAAAUCCUUAUAAAUAUGGCUGAAUAUUGCCUUGUUUGAGGGACAUGAAAGGAUAGAAAUCAAGUUAACCAUGUGUAUUUGCCUGCGUCUUUCUAAUCGAAUUCACUGCGUCUUAAAUGGCAUCUCCAUAAUAAUAAUAUGUUGUGUUCCUUUGAGCUUUAUCAUUUUACGAGGAACUUAUGGAGCUAACCAAUGUAUGCUCCUUGCGGGUCUGAUUAUUACAAUUAUAGGCGCUUUGAUUCUGAUAUUUGGUGCUGUGAUAAAAAUGCGAAUCCCAGUGUUCAUCUGGAUCGUGUUGAGUUUACCGGCGACAUUAAUAGUGGUUACUGGAUUAAGUCUCAUAUUGCGUGAUUUUUGGGACGAUCACACGCUAUUUUCGAAUUCAUUAGAUAUUAUAUUCGAAGUCUUAUAUAUAUGUAUGAUCCUGGAGUCGGUCUGUUCCGCACUUCGAUUUCUUCGGGAACUCAAACGAGAAGAUGCUUAGCGCCUGGUUUUGGUUUG